GCAAGGUGCUUUGGUAGCAUUACAUAAGACUUCAGUAAGAAAGUUUCUUUGUGUCAAUAAAAAUACAUUUCAAGUUCCGCUGUGAGGAUGAUGGUACUACAGGCGACUAAUUAUAUACAUAUGAUAGAACCGGUGCAAAACUUGGAUAUAUUUGCCAUCCCUGUGUUGGUUAUUUUGUUGAAAUUGGGAGUUUUAUGAUUCAUUACUGUAGAAAAUUUUUCAGAGGUAACCGUAUAAAAAUGAGCUUUGAAGAAAACUGUUACCAGAUACAGUAAUGCACCCAGGCUAACGAUAGCAGAAGAGCUCCUACAGCUGUUCGGAGCCAUCUUCUGUACAGUUUCCUUCUGCAUAACUAAACAAUGACUAUCGUCUGCAACGGCGGGAACAUCAGGUCAAGCGGGGAGAACUUAACCGUACCUACAAAAAUCUCGCGCAUGCAGCACAUACAGAACGAAAUCAAAUUAGCUGGUAGGGAACUGACAUCACUGCCAGACUGCGUACGGCAAAAUGUCCAGUUGAAGAUUCUGGACUUGUCGUACAAUUUUUUGGGCAGAACUGGUGACGGUUCCCUCUGUGAACUCUCUGAACUAAGGAAUUUGACGCGACUUAACUUAUCUGUCAAUGAACUGAAGACGAUUGCUCUCGACUUUUGUUCUUUUCCAUUUUUGGAAGUACUCUGUCUGUCUGGGAAUGAACUAGAAUACUUAUCUGAAGGAAUUGUGACUUUACAUAGACUCAGACGUUUGCUGUGUGACUUCAAUCACAUAAAAUGUUUACCUUUAGACUGGUCCAUGUUGAUUUCCUUGACUACGUUAAGCCUUUCGAACAAUCAUCUGGAAGAAAUUCCGACCACAAUUUGGACGCUUCAGAACUUGGAAAUCCUUAACUUGCAAAGGAAUCGAAUAUCUACUAUAGGUCCUUUACCAGAAGGUGCAGCCUGUAGGUUAAAAGAAUUGAGACUGGCUGCGAACCGAUUAUCUGGAAGUCUAGAUUUGUCACUACUUGUGAAUCUGACGUACUUAGAUGUAUCCCACAAUGACCUAGAAGACAUAGAGGUAUCUAAACUUAGCAAAUUGGAGUAUCUGGUAGCCUCCCAGAAUGUUCUGAAAUCACUGAACUUGGACGGCGCAAAGUUGCGGUCACUGGAAGUUGAUCGAAACGGUAGAUAAAAAAGUUAUUUAUUC